AUGGAUAUAAAACCGCAGGGAACCAGUUACAAAUCGGUUGGCUUUAACGGUUGUCUCGGCUCAGUGAUUGCCGGAAGGAAGGACAAUCAGUGGUAUCUCAUUAUGGGCCAUUAUGCGAAUCAUGAAGCGACUAUUACUGACACAAUGACCCUGGACCUUGCCGAUGGCCGUCCCGAGAAGUGUUCAGUAGGCAACCAGGGGGCUGCGGCCAACAAGAUCCCCGAGUUGUGGCAAACACACCGGGACUUAUUUCGAAAAGAUCGACAGGCUUUUACCUACCGGCCAGAGAAAACCGGCUACGGAGACAUGACCGAUAAGUUGAAUGAAAUUGUCAGCAAUACCACUGGUUUGAGCCCGGGAAAUAAAGAAUACACCGAAAAGACGGCAUCAAAGGGGAAGGCCAGAAUCAAAGCUAAAGUCGAUGUUUUCAAUAAUAUCAAGAUCAAGUUUGCUAAAUGA